CUCUCCCGGCUCACAGACCUGCUGCAACCGAUCUUCUUCCUCCCCCAUCCGAGCUCCAUCUAGGACAACAACUUCUCCCUUACGCCAGCAGCAGGGAUCUCCUCCCUCUCCCAUCCAUGGGCGCGCACCCCCUCCCUGCGAGCUCUCUGCUUGGCUCCCCUGCUCCCAUGGUGUCCAACGCCUUCCUCUGUCCUAGACGCAGGGCGCCAGUGCGGCCUCGCCGAACUCCCCAUGGCGUCGAGCUUCUCCGUCGCGCCCCUGUGACGUGCCCAGCACGUCCGCCAUCCAUCCCUGUGCAGGCGCCCCUUUCCCCCAGCGGGAUUCCUCCUCUUCUCCCCAAGGCGCCUGGUCUUCUCCCCACCUCCGCCCAGGCAGCAGGAGCUCGACUCCAUGCUUGCCCCUAGCCGAACUCUCCUACAGAAGCUCCCCACAACGCCUUCUUCUUCAACCGCAACAAGCAGCAGACGCCCUCCUCCUCUCUGGUCGGCCUCCCAUGGCGCUGCUGCCCCCUUGGUGUACUUGCUGCAGUUCCAAGCCAGUCGCCGGUGCUCCCUGCUUCAACCCUGCACGACUCUCACUCCCAGGCUCUCAUCCUCGCCACCAGCCUGUGCAAGGGCCUGGCCGUCGGCCUUGCCUAGCAGCGAGAACCUGCCCCCGACACUCGCCAGUGCACGCUAGCCGUGCCGUCAUCGAUUUCCUUACUGCAGCGGGGUUCCCCCAAUGUCGCGCGCCACCUGUUCGACGAUAUGCACAGUAGCUGCAUGUCUCAGUUUAUCGCAGCAUCGAGCUCCUUCACCGGCGCCUGUCCAUGGCAGCAGUCCCGACGUGACGCUGUGGCCCUUAGUGAGGCACCUUGCUGUCCUAGCCGCUGGAUCGAGCUUUGUCCCAACCCGCAGCUUGCUAUCGUCGAGCAUUGGGCUUGCCAUCGAUGCCGUGUUUGUCGCGCACAGCAAAAACCACAGCGCCACGACUUGUUCCAGCUAAGCGAGAGGAGCCGCGUCGUCGAUCCGUGCAGCCCCGACGUCUCCACGUCUCGCUUCGCCGUCAAUCUGCAUGGCGCCUGCGCGGCGUCGUCGAAACCCGUGCCCUUGUCAUCACGCCUCGCGCAUCGCUCGUCGGCAAAGAGCCCAAGCUGAUGGCAUGCAUGCGCAACUCCAAUCGGAUUUUGGCCAGGUUGUUCACUUUAGAAAAAUUGUGAUUAUGUUUUAUUUACGAUUCAGUCGAUGGCGUAAAUAUAUGUGUGAAAAUAUAAUUGUGUGAAUGAAAGUGUGUAGGGAAGGAAAUGAAGUGGAAAAGAACUCGAGAAUUUUUAUUUUGAUAGGAAAAUAUGCGAUGCGUUAUUUGAUGCG